AUGGCACUUCCAGACUUAGUGCUUCCAAUUUUUGGAGCACUCACAGCCGUCAUUGCUCAAAAAGCUCACGAAAAGCUACAAUGGCCCUUCAUAGAUGAGUUUUUUCACCUACGCCAGUGCGCUACAUACUGUGCUCAUGAGUUUUCCAAAUGGGACAACAAGAUCACCACCCCUCCAGGCUUGUACUUGCUUGGAACGUGGUACCAUCACGUCCUCAGUGCAUUAGGGGUUCCUGAUUCGUGUGGGGCAACAGCACUCAGAUCAUUGAACUUGGUGGGUGGAGUUGUGGCACUUCCAUUAGUACUUUCCUUAGUGAGAACUGACAACUUCUGGAAGGUCAAUGUGGUGCUGCUUCCGUUGCUUUACACUUACUACUUCUUAUUCUACACCGAUGUAUGGGCCACUGUGUUGGUGGUGCUUCCGCUUAUGGUGGUAUCGAAACACCGGUCAUUGAAGGGUUCGAUCUACGCAAACCUAGCUGCAUUUGCAAGCCUUUGGCUUAGGCAAACGAACAUUGUGUGGCUAGUCUUUGUGGGAAUUGUCCUCAUAGAUAAAAGAAAGCCCAAGGCAGAGCCAGUCUUGCAGAACGUAUCCAAUUUCAUAGUCCAAUGCUUCAAAGAUUGGCUACUUCUUGUCCCCUUUGCCAUAAAUGCUGGCCUCUUUAUUGCAUUUGUCUACAUCAAUGGCGGGGUUACAUUCGGCGACAAGGAGAAUCACAAAAUGACUCUUCAUGUGGUCCAAUCUGGUUGUCACCCAAAACGAUUAAAAAUUACUUUCGGUUUGCUGUCAGUGGAAGAAAAGGAUUAA